UAAAGUGGCAAUUUCGUUGCUAUAUAAAAUGUUCUUUCACUUUUCUUCUAUCUUAAUCGUAUCGCUCCUAACGCUACAUCAUGUUGAAGCAUCAUUGAAAGAGUUUAUUAAGUUUGAGAGAAUAGAAUACGAAGAGUUGCCAGCUACUGGUAAUUUUCAAUUCGACCCAUACAACAAUGUCCCUCAAGGAUUUGCUCCGUACACAUCGAAAAGAUCACCGAAAGUUUUUGUAGCUGUACCCCGCAGGAGUCAGGGCGUCCCAUCGACACUAAAUUAUGUGAAACUUGAGGAAGGCCGAGAUUUGUAUGUCAAUCCAAAGCUCCACAGUUAUCCCAAUUACGAGAUGAAUGAGUUGGAUCCUUCAAACAAGCCAAGUUCCCAUAGAAUUGUUUCAGUUUAUCGACCGCGAGUCGACGAAUGCGAACGACUUUGGUUCGUCGACAUUGGCGUCAGUAAUACAAGUGGAAUCGCAAACAUAAUCCAACAACCGUCAAUAUGGGUAAUUGACUUAAAAAAUGAUAGCGUCAUAAACAGAUAUGAGAUUCCGCCAUCAGAUGCAAUCAACGGAUUAGGACUCGCCAAUCUUGCAGUUGAUGUCAUCAGCUGUGAUGGAAACUCAUUUGCUUAUCUUCCCAACCUCAUCACGUCUCAGAUCAUUGUCUACAAUCUUGAAAAGAAUCAAUCGUAUACUGUUCAACACAACUACUUUCAUAUGCAUCCAUUCGAAGGAGAUUAUAAUGUUGAUGGUCUGAGAUUCACUUGGGAUGACGGAAUCUUUUCCAUUGCUCUUGCUGAACGUGACAAGAACUCUUCUUAUCGUCUCGCUUACUUUCAUCCAAUGAGCAGCUUCUCAGAAUUUGCUGUAUCAACGGAGGUGCUUCAAAAUGAAACGCUUGCGACAAGAUCUUAUCAUGGUGAUGACUUUAAGUUAGUUGGAAAUCGCGGGAAGAAUUCUCAAAGCACAAUGCACGAAUUUCAUGAGAAAUCUGGCACGUUAUUUUUUGCGGAAAUAAACCAAAAUGCUGUAACAUGUUGGAAUAGCAAGAGAUCAUUGAAACCAUCAAGACUUGGAACGGUCGCAAAAGAUAAUCUUACUUUGAUUUAUCCGAGUGAUUUGAAAGUGGUUGAAGAUGAUUUGUGGGUGUUGUCAAAUCGAAUGAUUCGUCACAUAUAUUCAAAACUUGACACAGACGGAGGAUUUAAUUUUAGAAUAUUCCGAACAUCAGUGAAAGAUGCAAUAGCAGAUACAAAAUGCAAACAAACAUCAAAGCUGCGAGAAACAUUUAUGGAAAUAAAACCUCAAAUUUCCCUAUGGAACCUAUUUCCACACACAACAUCAAAAUGGAAUAGCAUAAGAUAUAAAAAUAUUCCAAUCUCAUGGGAUACAAAUGUCUACGAUGCUUAUGUGAAUGUCCCAUUUGGAAUGACUCGAUAUCGCGACAAAUUAUUUGUCACCAUUCCACGAAGAAAUCCUGGAAUUCCGUCGAGUUUGAACGUUGUUGAGUUGGUCGGAAACCCUCCAUACAUUAAUCCGAUGUUGAUAAGCUAUCCAAACUUCCAAACCAAUGCUUUAGACCCAUUAAACAGAGCAGAUUCGUCGAAAAUUGUUUCCGUUUACAGACCUAGAGUGGAUCGUUGCGAUAGGUUAUGGUUUGUUGACACUGGCGUGCUGGAAUAUACAAAUAAUCAAAUAAAUGUUCAACGACCAUCAAUUUGGACGGUUGAUUUGAAAACCAACAAUUUAAUUGGACGAUUUGAGAUCCCAAGUAGUGUCGUGCCUGAUGGAAAAGGUUUAGCAAGCAUAACAUUGGACGAUGAUGACUGCGCAAAUACAUUCGCUUAUGUCACAGAUUGGUUCAAUCGUGCCUUGAUUGUCUAUUCUGCACAACAGAAUAGAGCUUGGCGUUUUAAUAACAAUUACUUCCAUUUCAAUCCAUUUGAAGGAGACUUUUCGAUUGAUGGAAUUCAGUUUCAAUGGAGUGAUGGACUUUUCUCUGUCGCUCUGUCGACCACAAAACCAAACGGUUACCGCACAGCUUUCUUUCACCCGUUAUCGUCAACUGCUGAAUUUACUGUCACUACUGAAAUUUUACGGAAUGAAACAUUGGCAAGUCGUCGUGUUCAUGGGAAUGACUUUAAACAUCUCGGCACCCGUGGUUAUGGAACACAAUCGGGAACUCAUUUCUAUGAUUUGAAUUCAAAUGUGAUUUUCUUUGCUGAAAUGCAGAAAAAUGCAAUAAGUUGUUGGAACGUAAAGAAACCACUGAAACCAGCAAAUAUUCAUCUUGUUGCGCAAAAUAAUUCGACAAUGAUUUAUCCUUCUGAUGUUUUCAUUGACAAUGAAUCAACAUUGUGGGUGCUUUCCAAUCGACUUCCUCGUUUCAUCUACGAUCGCUACAACUCAAACGAGUUUAAUUUUAACAUCUUUCGUGGAAACGUGAAUGAAAUUCUUCGUCGAACUUCCUGUUUGCUAUAAAUAUAUUUUUUCUAACUUCACUGCAAUACUGCACAACUAUAACUCAAAUGUUUUCCUUUAUAUACAUGAAUAUCCAUUUUUCUUUGCUUUCCUUCUUUUUUUUGUGUCGGAAACUUUAAAGUUUAUACUCUUGACGCUUUAAUGCUAUAGAAAAAGUUUUUUUUUUACUUUUUCACAGCACACUGAAAAUUCUUGCUUCCUUCAUCUAAGAAGGAAAAUUUUGCAAUUCAAGUGGCAUAAUAUAAUACUGCAAAUUAAACAAUAAAACUGCUGCUACCUAGGUAGCUGCGAACAUUUAACUCUCAGUUUGGUUUUAUAAGUAUAAUUUUU